AUGACUUCAUUGAAUGACGAAAACAAUGAAAAUAGUCCACUGUUAGUUGGUCGUACAAUUUCUCAACAGAAACAGCCUGGUUUUACCAUUUUUCAUCGUGUGCUAUUUAGUUUUAAAUUAAUUGCUACCAUUUUUUCAAUUUUAAAUGUUCUCUUAUCAACAGGUCAAUCAAUUGGUUUAACAUUAUUCUUAGGUAGUUUUCAAGGUUUAACAGGUGUUUAUUUUGUUUUAUUUUUUUGUUCAUUAUCAUUCAAUUUAUUUUUUUGGCCUGUUGCUGGUGUUUUAUAUUAUAAACAACAAAUUACUCGAGACAUGCUACAAUUAAAGUGGAUUAAAUAUAUGUUUUUAGCUGGAUUAUGUGAUGCUUUAAAUGGUUUUUUAAUUGUUUUUAGUUCACAUGCAAGUCGUGUACCACCAUCUUUAACAGCUAUUCUUGUACAAUCAAUGAUACCAUUUACAUUUAUUUUAUCAAAAUUAUUAUUAAAAAAUAAAGUUUAUCGUUGGUAUCAUAUUUUAUCAGCUUGUAUUGUUUUUAAUGGUAUUUUAUUUAGUUUAAUACCAACAUUUAAACGAAUACAUGAUGGAACAUCAACAACAGAAUUAAAACAUGGUUGGUAUUGGCCAUUUAUUUUUGUUUUAGGAACAAUACCAGCUGCUUUAAUGAAUAUUGUUCAAGAACAAUUACAAGUAAAAUAUACUGAAGAAAUGAAACAGCAAAUAAAUCAUCGAUCACCAGUUAUAACAAGAUUUUCUGUUAUUUAUUUUCAAGCUGUUGAAAGUUUAUUUCAAUUUUUAAUUAUUGCCUUAGGAUUUGGUCUUGAUUUAAUACCCAAUUUUGGUACAUCCAAUAGUUUACAUGGAUUCUGGUUAUCAUUUUCAAAUGGUUUUAAAUGUUUUUUUAAUAGAGCUGGUAGUGGUGAUACGGCAUCCCGUUGUUCAUUAUCGUCAGGAACAGGAUUAUUAUUUAUUUUUUCAUAUAUUGGUACAUAUAUUACUGCUACAUUUUUAACGGAUCACAUAUCAGCAAAUUGGUUAUCAAUUUUAACAUCUUUGACACCAAUAUGUGCAACAUCAUUUUGGUUUAUAUUUCCAAAACUUAAUGAAUGGGCACAAGCUGGAAAAUUUGAUAAAUGGGAUAUCGGGUUUAGUUUAGGUGCUUUACCACUUAUACUUAUAGGGAUGUAUUUUUAUCGUGAUACAGAUCGAAGAAAUGAACAACAGCGAGAUGAUGAUGAACAUGAACAUAUGAUUGAACAACCUACAGAAUUAUUUUGGUAG